AUGGUCUUUCGCAUGAUUAUAAUGGCCCUGAUUCCCUUGCUAGCCUUUUACCUGUACGAGAGAUUCUGCCAUCUCCGUCUCAGGCAAUAUGCUAGUUUUCCACAGUUAAAGCCGUCCUUGCUCUGGGGCCAUCUGAAAGGUUUGCAUGAGUUCAUCGUCCGUGGCAAGACCGAUAGACAUAUUGACAUUGUGUUCCUCGAGGUCAAAAGGCAACUCGGCAAUGCACCCCUAUUCAUCCUGGAUCUUCGGCCCGUCCAAUAUGUGCUGUGUGUUGUCGGAAGCCACGAAGUGGCCGAGCAGGUCUCGAAAAGCACCAAGAGCUUCCCGUAUAGCAUGAACAAGUCGCCAACGAUGCGGCUGUAUGAACGUUUACUUGGUCCGAGAUCCAUCUUGACUGCCGAGGCUGAAGAAUGGAAAGGUCUUCGCAAGCGAUUCAACCCUGGUUUUGCGCCGAAGCAUCUCGUGACGCUCCUGCCUGUGAUUAUGGAUAAGGCAGGACAGUUUCUCAGGAACCUUGAUCGACAUGCUGCCAGUGGUGAAGCAUUUAGGUUGGAUGAACUGUGCAGCAGUCUCACGUUUGACAUCAUCGGUGCGGUGACAAUGGGGAUUGAAUUUGGUGCCCAGCUCGACAAGGAGCGCCAAAGUGAGUUGGUCCAGCUCUAUCGUGAAUUGACCACCAGCUAUCAAAGCGGCAGUAAUAGCAACAGGAGCGUACAGUGGACCUUGUUAUUGAGCCCGCGAACAGCUCAACAUCGACGACGAUUAGAUCGUCGGAUUGAUCUGCUGCUGAAAGAACACAUUCAACGUGUGUUCGCGGAGCGGCAGCAUUCUGAGAUCACGGGGAGUAGAAAAGAUCACAGUGUGCUUUCUCUCAGUCUCCAGGAUGCCGAUAACCUAGACUUGAAUAUAUUAGACCAAACCUGCGAUCAGCUGAAGAGCUUCCUUUUUGCUGGUCACGACACGACUAGCAUUGUGCUGCAAUGGACGUUUUACGAGCUCAGUCGCACCCCGCACGUCCUGAAGGCCAUCCGAGAUGAGCUCGAUGAGAUAUUUGGGGUUGACUCUGGCAUUGACCAGAUGCGAGACAAGCUGUGCUCUUCCCAGGGCGAGGAACUGAUCAGCCGUAUGUACUACGUGUCUGCUGUGAUCAAGGAGAUACUGCGACUAUAUCCGCCAUCUGGGUCAGCGCGGUAUAUGAGCCCUGGCUCCGGAUUCACUGUCCAGCUUCCGAACGAUGGAGGUACGCUGUGCCUGGACGGGAUGGUUGUGUACAACUGCGAUACGCUCGUGCAUCGCGACGAAGCUGUGUACGGUGAUACCAAAGACGAUUUUAUUCCAGAGCGCUGGCUUGACAGCAACCCCCACCGGGCACCACCCAGUGCCUGGCGACCGUUCGAGCGGGGUCCGCGCAAUUGCAUCGGACAAGAACUGGCAAUGCUGGAGGCGCGAGUAAUUGUGGCAUGUACCGUUCGACUAUAUGACUUUGCCAAAGUUGGACUAGGAGCUGUGGUGCUAGAUAGUCAGGGAAAUUUGAAAUUAAACGACAAAGGACAGUAUGGUGUGGAAUCGCCGUUGUAUAAUACAAUGCAAGUAACAGCAAAGCCGGUUGAUGGCACGAGGAUGCGAGUUUCAACUGUCGGGCACGUUGGGGUUGUCACUCCUUGA